AUGUUAGAGGAGAGCUGGGCUGCCGCCGAGCAGAAGCCCGGGCUUCCAGCUGCGAGCUCCGGUCUCCUGCCAUGGUCCCCGCUCCGCCCCCCGCCGUCUCCUUCUCGCCCGCCGAGGUUCAGCGGCGCCUGGCGGCCGGCGCCUGCUGGGUCCGCUGCGGGGCCCGCCUCUACGACCUCACUGGCUUCGUGCGGCACCACCCGGGGGGCGAGCAGCUGCUGCGGGCGCGGGCUGGCGAGGAUGUGAGCGCCGACCUGGACGGGCCGCCGCACCGGCACUCGGCCAAUGCGCGCCGCUGGCUGGAGCAGUACUACGUGGGCGAGCUGCAAGGAGACCCUCAGGGCUCCGCGGAGAAUGGGACUUUGACCUCUGCAAACACUCAGAAGACAGACCCUUGGUUGGAGCCAAAGCUCAAAGUGGUGGAUUGGGACAAGGAUUUGGUAGACUGGCGGAAACCCCUACUGUGGCAGGUAGGCCACUUGGGAGAGAAGUAUGAUGAGUGGGUCCACCAGCCAGUGAUCAGGCCCAUCCGUCUCUUCCACUCUGACCUCAUCGAGGCCCUCUCCAAGAGUGUAUGGUACAGUGUCCCUAUCAUCUGGAUGCCCCUGAUGCUGUACCUCAGUUGGUCCUACUACCGAACCCUCGCUCAGGGCAACGUUCGACUCUUCGAGUCCUUCAGCACAGAGUACUCUGUAGCCAUGCCUCAGUCUGUGUUCCCGGGCCUCUUCGUGCUGGGGAUGCUCUUCUGGAGCCUGCUAGAGUACCUCAUCCACCGCUUCCUGUUCCACAUGAAGCCCCCCAGGGACAGCCAUUACCUCAUUAUGCUGCACUUCAUCCUGCACGGCCAGCACCACAAGGCACCCUUUGAUGAAUCCCGCCUGGUCUUCCCCCCCGUGCCGGCUUCUCUGGGCAUUGCCUUCUUCUAUGUAAUCCUACGGCUCCUCCUGCCUGAGGCAGUGGGGGGCACUAUGUUUGCGGGGGGCCUCCUGGGCUACGUCAUCUAUGACAUGAUCCAUUACUACCUGCACUUCGGCUCACCGCACAAGGGCUCCUACCUGUACAACAUGAAGGCCCACCACGCCAAGCAUCACUUUGCACAUCAGAAGUCAGGAUAUGGCAUCAGCUCUAAAUUGUGGGAUCACUUCUUCCACACCCUUAUACCGGAAGAACCCCACCUGAAGAUGCAAUGACAACUCCCAGCCCCACCGUCCUGCCCUAAGCCCGGCCACGGCCCCUGCCCCACCCCCAACCCCCAUCCAGACCCUGCCAAGAAGGUUUGCUUGGCCAGGCAGGACAGGCUUUGUCAGGUCUUUGUGCUUGGUGGGGGUGCUGAGGAGACCAGGAAGACUGGGACUGACCCUGAGACGGCUCUCCUGACCCACCAAGUCGCUCUCAGGGACUAGCGCCUCCUUGGAGCAUCCCAGCCGCCCCAUGAGCAUCCCUGCCCUGAGCCUUAGCCCACGGGACUGCUUCAGGACCUGGUCAACGGGGAAUUUUCCAAGGGGAAUGAAGGAAACUGACCUCUGGGGCCAAGCCUGUGUCCCACCUGUGUCUUACACCUUGGACUCCCUAGGACACCCCUCCCCCCCAUGGUGGGGCUGCAAAGAGCGGGUCUGCAGGGCCCGUGUCCUUGUCUUCCUCACCUUCCCUUCCUGGCCAGGGUUUGGUGGCUCUUGCUGUUCUGAUGAGUGGACAACACUGAGGUGGAUGAAGGGCUCUCACAAGGAGAGACGACAUGAUGCCUCCCACAGGCCACCUCCAGUUCCUUCGUCCCCCGCCACUCACCAGCUGUAGCGCCAGAUGCGCCGGGCUACCGCUCAUCCAGCACCCGCACGCAUGGCCCUCACCUGCCUGCAGAAGGACCCGGGGCUGCUGGCAGGGCCUCCAAGCUGGCGGGAGCCCAGGCCCCUUUCUUUAGGAACCACCAGCUUCGCUAGCCCUCCUCCCGCCUGCCUUCAGAAUCACAAAGCUUUUCCCCAGGGGAGGCUAAAGAGGCCUCUCUGUGGGUAGGAGCCCCACCCCAUGUCUGGCCAUUCUUGACCUCCACCUGGAAUCGGUGGGCCUCUACCCCGCUCACUCAGGACCCUUCCAGCUCGUGCCUCCUCACACCAAGAAGGAGCCUUCAUGCGUGCCUUAUCUCCCUCUCCCUUUGCUUCUCAGCACCACCCCCAGCAGAUGAGGCUCCCGCCCCUCCUUCCUCAUAACCAAAACCCUCACUGCUUGUAAGAGAGUCUUAUUUAUAAACCUUAUAAAUGCCCUUAGUCUGGCCCCAGACCAAGUAGCUGCUCAGACUGCCCCAUCUAAUCCCACAUGUCAGGCUUCUGUAAAAAAAUUCUGUCCUGUUCUUGUGCCCUUCUGACCCACAAACCGUUACUACUUGAAAUUUUCUGAAAACUCGCCGAGUGUAAAGGCUAAAGAGAAGCAGUGUGAGGGAUCCUGUGAUUUGUACUGUUUACCGUGGAGUUAUUUAAAGAUUUCAGAAUAAAUAUGCAAACUAUAAUUGUGAAAUAAAGGUGUAAAUAAAUUGUAUAUUUUGAAAAAUAAAAACGCCGAAAAAGAAAACCAACGAAGUUUGUUGCUCUUGUCGACGGUGCCUCACCAGAUGUCGUGGGCUCGGGGAGGGGCGGCCGGCUGGGGGAUGGGAGUGGCUGGUCCAGCGGGGAGG